GCUCCCAGGCAGGGUUGUGUUGUCUCACGCACAGUGCUCCAUUAAUAACCCUGGUUAAUUGUAUGAAGUCCUUGCCCUGCCGUGGAGCCGAGGGGCGGUGGAGCAGAAGGGAACGGGCUUUGUCCCCCCGCCCAGCCCGGGGGCGGUGCGGCACGGCCGGAGCUCCCACCGGCACAGCCCCCGCUCCUCAUCCAGCGAGGCAGAGCCGUCAUCCCGGUGCCUCGCAGGCUCCCGGUGCCGUGCGGGGCUCGCAGGCUCCCGGAGCCAUGCGGGUCGCGCUGCUCUGGGCGGGCUGGCUGCUGGCCGCCGCCUGCCUGGCUUGUGCCACGGGCAGCUGCCGGCACCGCUGCUGCCCCGGCAGGAACAACGCGUGCUGGGCCCCCGGCGCCCGCCGGGCUCGCUGCUACUGCGACUCGUACUGCCAGAGGACCGGGGACUGCUGCCAGGACUACCUGGCCACGUGCCGCCGCGCCGGUGAGUGCCGGAGGGGACGGCGGUGACCGCGCCUGGGGACACCGGCCCGGGCUGCUGUGCUCGGUGGCGAGUGUUGGCUGUUGCCUGUUAGCCCCGUACUUUGAGUGGUAACAGGGUGUGCCUGGGGAUGCCGGCUGGGCGGGAUUUGGAGCAGUGUCCCAGCUGUGCCCUUUUUUCCAUGCUGGAUGUCUGGCUGGCCCCAGUGCAGUGGGAGAGCCCGCAGGGGUGGCCUCUGCUCUGCGGCUGAUGGUAGCGCUGUCACUGCAAGCCAGUGUGGGACAAGCCCCGGUGCCACCUCUGCUACUGUCACAGGCAGUGCCUUGCACGGGGACAGGGAACCGGGGUCUGCACUGAGGGUGCCAAACAGGGCUCAUGGGCCUGGGGAGUGCAGAGCCAGCCUGCCCUGGGGACCCAAAUCUGGGCAGGCAGGCGCUGGCCACGGCCCCCUGGACAAUUGCAGCAGUCAGCCCUUCCUAAUCUCCGGGGAGAUUAGCAGGGUCCCAGCUCAGCGCGAUGCACACAGGGAUAAAGUCCUGCGGAAGCAGCUCACAAUGCCCCUGCGCUGGCAGGGUCAGGGGAGAGCGGCUGCUGGGGUCACUCUGGCCCUUGCCCUUCCUCCCCUCUCCCUGUCCCCGGUGCUGCAUCUUCCCUGCUCUGCUCUUUCCACUGCUGAUGACACUGACUCUCCUCCCUCUCCUCCGUCCCUGGCAGCGGUGGGCUGUGCCGUGGGGCCCUGGGGGCCGUGGAGCGGGUGCAGCUCCCGGUGCGGGGCUGGCAGCCGGGCCCGCAGCCGCCAGGUCACUGUGCCGCCCCGGCACGGAGGGGAUCCCUGUCCUGACCUCAAGCAGCGCCGCGGCUGCCUGGGGCAGCACCCGACCUGCGGCACGGCCAAAGCUGCUCUUCUGCCGGAGGUGGCCAAGAUAGUGCCCAGGGCCUUCAGCCAGGAUUUCAGAGAUCCCUGGCGAAGAGCUGGGCUGCCGCUGCCGGAGCCCUCUGGGUGGGAGCCCCGUGCCGCGGGCACGCCUGGAGCCGCGGGCUGCGCCGGGGCCAGCGGGUGUGUGUGCAGUGCUGGGGGAACCCGUCCCGCCGCCGCCCCCACUGCACCGGGCACGGGCUGCCAGGAGCCAGGACAUUUUGGGUGGCUGCUUCUGUGGUGGGGUGCCAAGGCUCGUGGGUGCAGGAGGGCCUGCAGGAGGGCUGUGUCUGCUCCCAACCAGCUCUCAUCUUCGUGUAGGAUCCCCCUGGGAAGGUUUGCUGCUCACCCUUGGUGCCAGCUCCCUCUGUUUUCCAUUAAAUAUUUUGCUGAAGAAUGAAAAAACCCUUCUUAUAAAGACUAAAAAUAAGGGAAUUGCUAAAGUGUGGUGAUUAAUGGUAGAAGAACAGCAUGAUGAGGUUGAGUCUGGGUGAGAAGAGCAUGUGGCGGUGACAGGGUGUGAUGAUGUCACAGCCAUGACAUCGUACUUUCAAGGACCUGCAGCUGGCAAGGACGUGAGGAUGAGGCAGCAUCCUUCCUCUUGUCUGAGCUCACUCCCUGCAGCAUCAGGUAAGCCAUGCAGGGCCGUGCAGCCCUGCUGGGCUUUGCAGGGAGAAGCUAAGCAGACACCCAAAGCCUGCUCGUGGGCGAUGGUGCCGGUGUCCAGUUCCAGCCGUGGGGCUCGCCAGCCUGCACUGCAAGGAAUGGGGCUGGGCUGGGUGGUGCUGCUGCCCUUCCCCACUCCUCACCAGCACAACACGACCUUGCUGGGGGGUUCCCUGCUCCAGCUUUGGGUGGCUGGAGCACACUUUGGUACCACAACCUGUGCUGGGAGCAUGUGCCAUGCUGGAUCUUGCUCCGCUGCAGCCAGUGGCUGUUGCCUGUUUGCUGCCCCAGGACAGGUUUGGCUCCUGCAGCCCGUUCUCACACCACCCUCCUGGGCAGGGGAAUU